UCCAUCUUCAUCAAACUCAACUAUUGAUUGAACUCCUACAAUGGCUAUCCCCACGAUAUCCUCUAAAAUCCUUCUCAUUGUCUUGUCCGUUUCUCUUUUCCAACUUUCAUCUUUUGCCCGAGAUUAUUCAAUCGUGGGCUAUUCUCCUCAAGACUUAACCUCCAUGGACAAACUCAUUGAGCUCUUUGAGUCCUGGAUGGCCAAACAUGGAAAAAUUUAUCACACCAUCGAAGAGAAACUGCAGAGAUUUGAUAUCUUCAAGGAUAAUCUCAACCACAUCGAUGAGACCAACAAAAGGGUCACCAAUUACUGGCUCGGACUCAACCAUUUUGCCGACUUGACCCACGAAGAAUUCACGACAACGUAUCUGGGUUUGAAGCCUGAGUUGGCCGGACGGCGGGGAUCCUCUGAUAGCCGGGAAUUCACUUACGGAGAUGUAGUUGAUUUGCCCAAGUCGGUUGAUUGGAGAAAGAAAGGAGCGGUUACUCGUGUGAAGAACCAGGGGUCUUGCGGAAGUUGUUGGGCGUUUUCAACGGUGGCUGCUGUGGAGGGAAUAAACCAGAUUGUCACCGGAAACUUGACGGAGCUGUCGGAGCAAGAGCUUAUCGACUGUGAUACCACAUACAACAGCGGAUGCAAUGGAGGUCUGAUGGAUUAUGCAUUUUCCUUCAUAGUCUCCAAUGGUGGGCUUCGCAAGGAGGAAGACUACCCAUAUAUCAUGGAGGAAGGAACUUGUGAUUAGAU